UCUUGUACCGAGCUCAGACCGGAUGAUUUCUGAUCGUUCAGGACUCACGAGGACUCAGUAUCAUCAGUGUUUGUGUAGGCAGCGCGCAUGCGCGGGUGGACGCGUCGCGCGGCUCGAGAUUCUUCUGCGUCUGAGGAAAACAUGCGAGCGUCAACAUGCGUGAUCUUCACGAGCAGACGCGCCGCGCAGCCGUGACGCGCUCCGCUGCGGAGGAUGUCCGUUAGCGCGGCGGCGGAGGACGGAGGCGUCAGUAAAGUCCAGGUCAAGCGACAGAUCCGGUGCAUCGUGAAGGAUCUCGAGAACAUCUUGGGAGACUUGAAGGAUGUGGCGAAGGAACUCAAAGAGGUGGUUGAGGAGAUCGACUGCCUGACGUCUGAUCUCCGUCUGGAGGAGGAUCUGACAGACAGCUCCAAGACAGACACGCUCAACAGCAGCUCCAGCAGCACCACCACGGCCUCCAGCGUCAAGAUCUACCCCGAGGAGACGCUCUUCAGACCGCCGGCCGUCCUCACCGUCCUGAAGAGACCCACUCCGUCCAGAGCCCAGGAGAUCACGCCGAUGCAGAACGGAGCGCCCAGCAGAGACUCGAAGUCAUUUCGCUGUCCCCAGACCACGAGAGAGCGAGUGCGCUUCAGCGAGAAGGUGCAGUAUCACGGCUACUGCCCAGACUGUGACACGAGCAGCACAGAUCUGCACUUCCACAGCGAGCUGAUCGACGCCAAACACAGUCCUGUCCAUCAGUGCUCCGAGAACGGGGGCCUCGCCUUCCCCUCGCAGAAACCACACAAGACCAUUCUACGCAAGUCCACCAGCACCACUGUCUGACGCAGACCGAGGAUGAACGAACGUCUCUUUAUACUUUCCUUCUGUUUGGAGAGGAGAAGACAGAAGGGUCUCUCAUGCGCCGGUCAUCUUCAUCUCAUCACAGAAAGAGCCGGAGGGAUUCUAAUCUUCACAGCGGAGCCAGAGCAUCUGAUCACAUCACCCUUUAAAGAACACAAACCAAAAACUACUAACAACCCAGUGCAGCGGAGAAACUCAGUCCAGCGCUGCCAGAGAAUCAGAACUUUCUAAAGGACCUCCUGUGUUUUUGUAAAUUCAAGAAGCAUAUUUUUGAUAUUUUCUAAGAUGAUUUUAAAGAUGUCACACAGUAUAUGAUUAAAAGUACUGAUUAAAAACAUGAA